CAAUCAUGUUAUUCAGUCCGUUCAGCGGGAGAAAUAGAAUAUAGUCUGGAGUAAAACGAAAGAAACGCUAUCAGGCUAGUUUAGCUACUGUUGUGUCAGCUUUAAAUCAAUGAAUCAACCAGUUCGUCCGCGUUUGUAUGACACGUUGUUUCGCACCGGAAAACAUUAUUUAUAGCCAAGUUGAGACCGUGUCAUUACUCGGAUGAUAGAUGCUAGCGAUUUAGCUCCAGUAGCUUGCUAUGCUAACCGUCCACAGCAGUAGAUUUUAAUACUUCACCGCGUCAAAGACUGUUGAAGAGAAUUUGUCAUAAUUAAGGAUGAGGCGCUCAGGAGCUCCCAGCCGGCUCCUGGGUAAUGCAGUGAAAAAGCCUCGGUUUGUUCCUCCUGGAGCUUCUACUUCAUGUCCUCCACCUGCACCCAACCCCCUGAUCCCUAAACUCGGUUUAGGCAGCGUACUGGAUAAGGUCCAGAGAAGUUUAGCAGGACCGGUUCAGUGCAAAACUGAGUUUGUUGUCAAGCCCAACCCUGCUCAGCCUGCUCCAGCUUUGUCCAAAGCUCUGGCUCGUGUUCUCGGUGCAACAGAGACUAAAGAAAAUGAAGCUGAGCCAGAAUAUCCUGACCGUGGAGACAAUACAGAACACAGCACAUGUGGAGGAAAUGUUUACCCAGAGUCUCCUGCAGCUCGGACCCGUGUUCCUGGUGCUGCCGGUUCAGAUCCUGACCGCAGUCAGGACGGGGCGCGUUACUUGAGUGUGAUGUGGUGUAAAGCCAGCAAGAAAAAGCACAAACGCUGGGAGGGCGACGCCGUCCUGGUGACGAGAGGCCGCACGGCCACACUUAAAGACAUGGAAGGAAAAGAUAUUGGAAAAGGUAGUGGCUACAAGGUGUCAGAGCUGGCCUCCCUGUCGGAGGGACAGACGCUCAUGGUUGGAGGGAAGGAGGUGGAGGUGAUGGGAGUGAUUUCCCCUGAGGACUUUGCCAGGGGACGUUGUUUCCAGCAGGUCCAAGCGGAGAACGGGGAGUCGCAAACGCAGUCGACUCCACUCCCAAACCGACGCUUGGCGGCCAAACCUUUCUGCCCCCCUUCCCUGUUAGGGGGAGCGGAGCGUCCAGGAAGUAAAACAAAAGUGGAACACACGUGCAGGCCUCACCAUGACCCACUGGCUCCAGGGGCCCUGGUGAUGCCUCGUCCCUCUCCUAACCAUCAGUGGUCUGAAAACAAGUUUGGGCUUCCUGUGGUUGAUGUUGUGGUCGACCCACACCUCACCUCUCACCUCCGACCCCACCAGAGGGAUGGGCUGCUCUUCCUCUAUGAGUGUGUCAUGGGCAUGAGAGUGGUGGGUCACUACGGUGCUAUCCUGGCCGACGAGAUGGGUCUGGGGAAGACCCUGCAGAGCGUGGCGCUGGCCUGGACGUUGCUCAAACAGGGAGCGUACGGUGGGAAACCUGUAGCUAAGCGUGUGCUUGUGGUGACCCCUGGCAGCCUGGUGCAGAACUGGGGAGCAGAGUUUAACAAGUGGCUGGGGAGAGAGAGGAUCAGUGUCUUUACUGUGGAUCAGGACCACAGGAUAGAGCAGUUUGUGUUAUCGCCUAUGCACAGUGUUCUGGUCAUAAGCUACGAAAUGCUGCUGCGCUGUCUUGAGCAGGUUCAGAAAGUGGAGUUUGGUCUUAUAAUUUGCGACGAGGGCCACAGAUUAAAGAACAGCAGCAUCAAAACGUCCUCUGCCCUCAGCAGCCUCAGCUGUAAUCGCAGAGUCAUAUUAACAGGAACCCCGGUACAGAAUGACCUGCAGGAGUUUUAUGCUAUUAUAGAGUUUGUCAACCCUGGGAUUCUCGGAUCGUCAACUGCUUAUAAAAAGGUCUUUGAAGAACCAAUCCUCCGCUCCAGGCAGCCAUCAUGCACAGAGGAGGACAGGCUUUUAGGAGAAGAGCGAGCGGCAGAGCUCUCUCGCCUCACCGGUGUGUUCAUCCUGAGGCGGACGCAGGAGAUCAUCAACCGCUACCUUCCACCUCGUCUCGACUGGACGUUGUUCUGCCACCCGUCGCCUCUGCAGCUGGAGCUGUACCAGCAUCUCCUUUGCCACAGAGUCUUCCGAGCCUGCCUUCAAGGCUCCACGCAAACCCACACACACCUCGCCUGCAUCACUGCACUGAAGAAGCUCUGUAACCACCCUGGGCUGCUUCACUCCACUGUCAAGGACCGAACAGACCGUGGGUCAGUGGAGAGCUCAAUAUAUGAAGGCUUAGCGGAUCUUUUCCCAGAGUCCUACUCUUCAGGUGGACUGAGCGCUGCUGACUCUGGGAAACUGCUGGUUCUGUCAGACCUGCUGUGCGCCAUCAGAGACCUCAGCCCUUCAGACAGGGUGGUCGUAGUGUCCAAUUACACUCAGACACUUGACUUGCUCCAGGACCUUUUUGUGGACAUGGGCUACACCUUCUGUCGUCUAGAUGGACACACACCUACAGGCCAGAGACAGCGUUUGGUUGACAGUUUCAACAGUCCCUAUUCACAGAACUUUGUGUUUCUGUUGAGCUCUAAAGCCGGUGGGGUGGGACUUAAUCUGAUCGGUGCCUCUCACUUGGUGCUGUAUGAUAUUGACUGGAACCCAGCCAAUGACAUUCAGGCCAUGGCUCGAGUAUGGAGAGAUGGACAGAAGAAGACUGUGCACAUCUACCGUCUACUCACUGCAGGUACCAUUGAGGAGCGUAUAUUUCAGAGACAGGUGUCCAAACAGGGGCUUUCUGGGACGGUCGUUGACCUGGGAAAAGGGGCAGAACACACAAGCUUCUCCACCAAUGAACUGCGAGACCUGUUCAGCCUAACGGACACGCCCUCUCUGACUCAUGACCUGUUGAACUGCAGCUGCAGCAUGGACGGAUCGGUCCCAGACGUCGCAGAGGAGCAGGAGCAGGUUGCUGUCAGGCCGUGCCAGCUCGGUCGCCAAGGUGACCGCAGUGGAGCAGCGCCGAAGCAUCUCAGCAUGUCUGAGCUGAUGCAGUGGAGGCAUUUCUCUAGUGGCUCUCACACCUUCUCAGACCCCUACCUGGACCAGGCUCGGAACCACAUCACCUUCGCCUUCAAGAACGUCGUAUCUUACUGUGCUCAGUAAACACACGCACACACACACACACACACACACACACACACACACACACUAGACUGAACCCCGUUCAUCACUUUCACAUGUUUGUCUUGAGUCUCUCUGGGUUCUGUCUGCAGCCUGACUACAACAUGAGUAAACAUUCAACAUUCACUGCAUAUCCAACUGCCAACAACAACAAAGUUUCCAUCUAGUUCAGAUGACACGUUUUCAUAGUUUUGCUGUUUGUCUUUAAUAUUUCCAUGGUUUAUUUAUUCAUAUGAAUGUAUUGCACUUUCAUUACAUGAAUUCAAAUGGAAUGUGUACAAUAAAAAUACUUUUAUGGA